GAAAGAGAGAGAUGGAAAUGGAAAUCGAAAUGGUAGAGCCGACCGAGGGCUGGGGAGGAGGAGGAGCGGAAGCUGUGCGUAGCCUGGCCGCGGGAUCCUCGAUCUCCGUACGCUACCACUCUCUCUUCGGAUCUCAUGAUGAUAUGCUCCUUCUCGAGGUCGAUGAGAAGCUCCUCCACGAUGUUCUCCACCACCGGGUGACCAUUCGAGGGCAACCUGAUGAGGAAGCUGUGCUUUGCACUCCUUCUUCAACCUAUGCCAUGAAGUUUGUUGGCACAUCCAACUCUGUAUUAUUGAUACCUGCAGGAGAGCCAACUCCUUCAAGUUCAAAUGGCACAUGCAAUGGUAGCGAGACAAACAACAAAGCAGUCCCUGAUGCAGUGGCAUCUGUCAUCAAAGUGGCACCAGGGUAUAUGGAGCUAACCCAAGCAGCCCCCAGGCUUGAUAAAUUGAAAUCUCUCCUUAAUGAGAGACCAUACAGACUUGAGGAAGAUCUAGAAAAUGAUGUAUGGUUCAAGAGAGGCCUGUACAGAUGGCAAGAUCUGGUUGAGGAGAUUCAGGCUAGUGAUCAGGAGCUGAGGGAUGGAUUGAGGUCCCUCUCGGCUGUUGAGGUUGAUGGGUACUGGAGGAUAGUUGAUGGGAAAACAAUGGAUGAAAUAUUAAACAUGAUCUUGACCAACUCCGUCUUGCAUGAAUGGCCUCUAAAUGCACUUUCAGAAAAUGAAGUGGUAUCAAUCUUAGAAGCUGAUGGGUUCCCUGGCAGAAUCGUACUCCACUGCCUUGAAACAUUUGGAAGCAAGGUGGAGAAUUCAGGAAGCAAUUUGUGGAGCUUAGAUGAAAAGCGGGUCUGUUUGCAUUUUGCUGUACAAAUUUUGGGUGGUGGGAAGAUGAAGCUGGAGAUUUUCAUGGCAAAGUGGAUGCGAAGCAUUCCUUCAGGAAUGCAUGGAGACUUAAAAAUGCUUGAAGGGGAAGUGCUGUAUGAAAAGCUUGGUGUAGAAAACUGGAUCCAUGCUUUCAGUGUCUCGGAUCUUCCAUCAACUCCAGCUGAGCGUUUCGCAGCACUGUUCCGAGAGCGGCCGAAGUGGGAAUGGAAAAAUUUGGAGCCCUAUAUCAGGGACUUGCAUGUUCCGGGCCUCUCCUCUGAAGGUUUGCUUAUCAAGUAUACUCGAAGAACACAACCAAAUGCAGAUGUUGAACCAAUUUUCAGUGCGAGAUAGUCUUAGGUAGUCAUAUGGACCUGUUUUCAGCUUCUUUUGCCUCAGGUAAAAAGUGCAUCUUCAGCUUCUCUCAGCUGUUGUAACUGUUUUCGAGUCCAUUUUUUUUUAAAAAAAAACCUGUUUUUGGAGAUUCGUGUGUUUUAGCAACAUCUCUAUUUGAUUAUAUUGCUGUUGGCAGAAUAACUUAUUGUUAUCUUUUUAAAUUGAUAUGGGGAUUUGAUUUU